UUUCCUUGGUUUUCCAGUGUAGUGCGUUGAUUUCAUACCAAAGUCAUACUUAACAUUCCACUUAUACUGUCAAACCAGGAGAAAUAUUACUGAAAACUAUAAGGCGCCAAAAAUCAAGAAUCAAAAUUUAAAAGUAAUUUAGUGUAAAAUAACACAGAAGUGUUUUCCAUAUAAAGUUGCUUCGACCUGGUUCGCUUUCCUUUAAACGUGUUCCCGUGAAGAAGCGAAUCCUGAUAUUCCCAAGGAUUGACAUUAAGAGAAAAACUAUUUUGGAGGAAUACAUAACUUGACAUAUCAAGCGUUGUUUUGCAACACAUCCCACAGACUUCUGAUCGUGGAGCUCAGGGCUGGGCCCGGGGCGAGCCGCCACCAUUGCGUCCAACGAGUGGAGCGCCAGCGGCAGCCCGGAGGAUGGGCUGGACGGGGACAAUGACGAGCUGGACAAGGCCAUGGACGGGGACGCGGAGGGGGUCUGGAGCCCCGACAUCGAGCAGAGCUUCCAGGAGGCCCUGGCCAUCUAUCCUCCCUGCGGCCGGAGGAAGAUCAUCCUCUCUGACGAGGGCAAGAUGUACGGUCGGAAUGAGCUGAUAGCUCGGUACAUCAAGCUGAGGACUGGCAAGACACGCACCAGGAAACAGGUUUCUAGCCACUUACAGGUUCUCGCCCGGAGAAAAUCCCGCGAGAUCCAGUCAAAGCUGAAGGCCAUGAAUUUGGACCAGGCCUCCAAAGACAAGGCCCUCCAGAACAUGGCAGCACUGUCGUCCGCUCAGAUUGUGUCUCCCAGCCUGAUCAAGAGCCAGCUGCCCCCACUGCCACAGCCCCCCUACCCUCCACAUGCCAGGUUCUGGCCCACCCCCAUCCCGGGACAACCAGGACCCUCUCAGGAGCUGGUACUAGAGCUGAACCAGGGCCGGGGACCUGGGCUUGGCCGGGCCAGCUACGCCAUCAAGCCUUUUGCACAGACCCCGUACCCGAACCUAGUAGGACCUGUAGCUCCAGCCAUAUCCACCUAUGAGCCCCUGGCGCCCCCCCUCCCCCCUGCUGCCACCGCCGUGCCCGUGUGGCAGGACCGCACCAUCGCGUCCUCCAAGCUGCGGAUGCUGGAGUACUCCGCCUUCAUGGAGAUCCAGAGAGACCCGGACAACUACAGCAAACACCUGUUUGUCCACAUCGGACAGACGAACCCCUCCUACAGCGACCCCCUCCUGGAGGCUGUGGACAUCAGGCAGAUCUACGACAAGUUCCCAGAGAAGAAGGGCGGGCUGAAGGAGCUGUACGAGAACGGACCGCAGAACGCCUUCUUCCUCGUCAAGUUCUGGGCGGACCUGAACAGCAGUGGCAUGCAGGAUGGCCCAGGGUCGUUCUACGGCGUGAGCAGCCAGUACAGCAGCUCUGAGAACAGCAGCAUCACCGUGUCCACCAAGGUCUGCUCCUUCGGCAAACAGGUGGUGGAGAAGGUGGAGACGGAGUACCCUAGGGUGGAAGGGGGAAAGUGUGUGUUUAGGAUCCAUCGCUCCCCCAUGUGUGAGUACAUGAUCAACUUCAUCCACAAGCUCAAACACCUGCCAGAGAAGUACAUGAUGAACAGUGUUCUGGAGAACUUCACCAUCCUCCAGGUGGUGACAAACAGGGACACCCAGGAGACCUUGCUCUGCAUAGCGUUUGUGUUUGAGGUCUCGACGAGUGAACACGGAGCUCAGUAUCACGUUUACAGACUUGUCAAAGACUAACAAGCUCUUCAGGGAAGGCUGACAGGACCCUACGUGACACCACCUCUCCUCCUCACACUCAGGUGUCUGAGAGACCCUCAAACUGACCCAGCUCCUUUCAUACAUCCACUCAGAGCCUUUUUGAAAAGCAGGAAAAUUGAGUCUCAACAAACAGUGAAAAGACAUCAAGAUUAACACAUUUUUUAUAUUUUGUUGAUGAAAAGCCUGCUUCUUACUAGUUUAUAUAGACGUGCUCAGAGGAGGUGGUUUACUUCGGUGACGAUAAUAAAUGUGUAUAGAAACAUAUUCACAGAGGGACUGAGAAUGUGUUUAUGGUUAAAAGAGUAUUUUGCGAGGGAACACCGAGGACAAAGAGCUGUGUAUUUGUACAGAUUGGAACCGCUUGCGUAAACAAAGACCAUGAACGAGAAUAAACAAAGAAAAACAAACUGAAGAAUUGUAGAGCUGUCCAACAAAACGGUGUGAUAGAUAGAUAGAUCGGUAGAUCUAUUGAUCGAUUGAUCGAUAGAUGUGACAAGUGCCUUUCUCCAAAGACAAGCACUUCAGUCUGCCAUUUUCGAUUGCCUUAUUAUGACUACCUCUUGAGAAAAGCAGAGAUAUGCUGGAGAGAAAAUGAUUUCACCAAGCAAUUGUAAACUUGACCUAACUAUGCAUUUUACACCUCAAAUGUAUAAUUUUGAAGCAUCAGAUUAAUCCCGGCAGACUGGAAAACCUUACAGCUGUUAGGUUUUCUUAUUUGAUCAAAAAAUGAAAGGUUACAUGUUUGUCUACGGUCCAAGUGUGCCAAGAGUUUUUAAGUCAAGACUAGAUCUGAGGACACACUCUCCGUCUGACGGCUCUGGGAUCCUAGCGUGUUCUCUUCUCUCUCGAUCCCUGUUGUUUUCAGCGGCCUAAACAACAAAACAAGUGCCUAAGUGCACUAAAGGAUCAAGAAAGGGUACAGACAAGUGUUUAUUUUUCUGAGUUUCUGAGUUAUAUGUAGCCUGAUCGAAAUGAACAGUUUAUGUGCUGUGAAUACUACAGUGAUGUGUGUUACAUAGGAGUAUGUUGCGCUCUUGUUUAUGUUUGUGAUCAACUUGAACUCAGCACCGAGAUUCCAGCUGUCAGAAAGCAACAGUGUUUCCCCUCUGCAACAAGGCGGAGUGAAAGACAACAUGUUAUUUACAUGUUUAUACAGACUUGGUAUGUUUUCCUGUGAACUUCCAGAUCAAUUUGACAUCUUUAAACAAUGCUACUGGAUGAAUUUAUAAUAUCGUAAUGUACAUAUGGUUGUCCUUUGUGCAUCAAACUAAACAAAAUUCCAAUCCUUUACCAUUGGGGGAAGAGAGAAAAAAACAGCUGUUGUGGGUUUUUUAUGAUCAGCUGUUUUCUCUGGUCCUGGGAGUGAGUGUGACCAUUGAUUGUUAUUUAUAGGGUUAGAACACACGAGAGAUGGGAAGGUCUGGGCUAUGGGGGAUGUUUGUCUUUUACCAUUGCAAUGGUUGUGUUGUGACUAUAUACUGACAUGUAAUGAGAGGUAACUGUCAAGAAAACUAUACAAGUAAAUGAACUGCCAUCUCUUGGAUCCACUGUAGAGAGAAAGAGAGAGAGAGAAAGAGAGAGAGAGAUAGAGAUAGAGAGAGAGAGAGAGAGAGAGAGAGAGAGGAAGGAGACACAGAGAGUGAGAGAGGGAGACAGAGAGCGAGAGAGGGAGACAGAGAGCGAGAGAGGGAGACGAUCUUAUCUACUUUGAACCUGUCUGUCUCACAUUUCUCACACUCUGAGGUGGACUCACACCUGGCCUUGAAUGUCAUGCUAAACAACUGCUAAACAUUUACUAGCAGAGUUCUCAGAUGUUUGUCUCUUUUUUUUUUUUUACAGUAUCUUGUUUUUUUAUUACCAUAAUCAUGAUUAAUAUUGUUUUUAUUUGUUGUUUUGGACUUUCAGGGGACGCCAUAUGCACCCAUUGAAAAUGUGUGUUUGUGUUGACAUUGGUGAGAUCUUCUGUAUCAUAAUCAAAACGGUGUUGGCAAGUUUUUGGUUGAAGGGGGUUCUUUAGGCCUUAGUUACCAUUGUGCAUUGCCUUUUUGUAUUAUCUGUUAUCUUAAGAGUAAAGGGGGUGUAUUAUAUAAUCAAAUCAAAAUGUGUAUCCUAACAAUAAAAGACGCAUGGUGCCUUUAGGAAAAUUUUCCCCAGAAAACCUAUUAAAUAUGUUGGUUUUA